AUGCCUGUUAUGAAAGGAUUGCUCGCGCCCCAGAACACCUUUCUGGACACCAUCGCGACGCGUUUUGACGGGACCCACAGCAACUUCAUCCUGGCCAAUGCGCAGGUGUCCCACGCGGCGCACCCCAUCGUCUACUGCUCCGAUGGCUUCUGCGAGCUGACGGGCUUCGUGAGGUCAGAGGUCAUGCAGCAGAGCUGCGCCUGCAAGUUCCUGUACGGGCCCGACACCAGCGAUGACAUCAUACAGGAGGUGGACACCGCCCUAUUGGAGCGCAGCGAGUUCAACCAGGAAGUCAUGUUCUACAAGAAGACAGGUGGCAUGUUCUGGUGCCUGCUGGACAUCGUGCCCAUUAAGAAUGAGAAGGGGGACGUGGUGCUGUUCCUCGCCUCCUUUAAGGACGUCACCGACACCAAGACCCAGGCACUCAAGGAGGACAAGAGACAAGAGCUGCAUCCGGGCCAGGUGCGGGGCGGUUCCCCCUUGUCCUCCGGCUCCACGCGGCUGAGGAGCAGCACUGUACUCUACCACAUCUCUGGACAUCGAUACAAGAGCAAGAUCAAACUCAACAAGAAUGUGUUUGGCGACCCCCCCGCGCUGCCCGAGUACAAGGUGGCGGACGCCAAGAAGUCGCGCUGCAUCCUCCUCCACUUCAGCAGCUUCAAGGCGGGCUGGGAUUGGCUGAUCCUGCUGGCCACCUUCUAUGUGGCCGUCACCGUGCCCUACAACGUCUGCUUCAUCGGCGACGACGACCUCACGCGCAGCACCACCGUCAGCGACAUCGCCGUGGAGAUACUCUUCAUUAUAGACAUCGUGUUUAGUUUCCGCACGUCCUACGUCAGCAAGUCUGGCCAAGUGAUCUUUGACGCACGGCAGAUCUGUUUCCACUAUCUGACCACCUGGUUCAUCAUCGACCUGGUCGCCGCCCUGCCCUUCGACCUCCUCUACGCCUUCAAAGUCAGCGUGGUGUCUGUGGUCCACCUGCUAAAGACAGUGAGGUUGCUACGGAUCAUUCGACUACUGCAGAAAAUGGACCGCUACUCUCAGCACAGUACGGUGGUGUUGACUCUGUUGAUGUCCAUGUUUGCGCUGCUGGCCCACUGGAUGGCCUGCAUCUGGUACGUCAUCGGCAAGAAGGAGAUGGAGGCCAACGCACACACAUGGGACAUAGGUUGGCUCCAUGAGCUAGGUAAGCGUUUGGAGGCCCCAUACGGCAGCAGCUACAACACUUCCUUGGUGGGCGUGUCAGUAGGUGGGGUCAACAGAGGAGGCCCCGCCCUCAGGAGUGUCUACAUCGCCUCUCUCUACUUCACACUCAGCUCUCUCACCAGCGUCGGGUUCGGGAACGUAUCGGCCAAUACCGACGCAGAGAAGAUAUUCAGCAUCUGCACCAUGCUCAUUGGAGCCCUGAUGCACGCGCUGGUGUUUGGUAAUGUGACGGCCAUCAUCCAGCGAAUGUACAGCCGCUGGUCCCUGUACCACACGCGCACCAAGGACCUGAAGGACUUCAUCAGAGUACACCACCUGCCACAGACCCUCAAGCAGCGCAUGCUCGAGUACUUCCAGACCACAUGGAGCGUCAACAACGGCAUCGACUGCAAUGAGCUCCUGAAGGACUUCCCAGACGAGUUGCGUUCGGACAUCACCAUGCACCUGAAUAAGGAGAUCCUGGAGCUGUCGGUCUUCUCCUCGGCCAGCAGGGGGUGCCUGCGCUCCCUCUCGCUGCACAUCAAGACCACCUUCUGCGCCCCGGGGGAGUACCUCCUGCGCCAGGGAGACGCGCUGCAGGCGCUCUUCUUCGUCUGCUCGGGAUCCAUGGAGGUGCUCAAGGAUGGCAUGGUGUUGGCCAUACUGGGUAAAGGAGACCUGAUUGGUGCCAACAUGAGCGUGGCGGACCGCGUGAUCAAGACCAACGCGGACGUCAAGUCUCUGACCUACUGUGACCUGCAGUGCAUUAACCUGCGGGGCCUGCACGAGGUGCUGGAUCUCUACCCAGAGUACUCACACCGCUUCUGCAAAGACAUACAGCAGGACCUCACAUACAACCUACGAGAAGGACAGGAGAACCAUGUGAGUAGAUGUGUCAAUCAACAGGCCGAUGGGCGGGGCAAUGGUGGUGUCAUCCGGCGCUACCAUCCAAUCACAGAGGAGGGAGAGGAGGAUGAGGAAGAGGAAGAGGAAGACAGUGUUCUGUUCCUGAGCGACGUGCCCGACAGACGCCACACACACCCGCGCAGCGCGCACACACAGACACACACUCACGCCAGCACACACACACAACGCAAGAACAUUCAUAUUCAACAGGAGAACCUUAGGAAGCCAGAUCCCUCCAACCUCAGCCCCAGGAUUGUUGAUGGUACAGAGGGCAGCGACAGCCGGAAGAGUUCACCAGCCUUCACAUUCUCCUCAGACCAUGUGGCAGCUAAUACUGGUAAAGGAGACCUGAUUGGUGCCAACAUGAGCGUGGCGGACCGCGUGAUCAAGACCAACGCGGACGUCAAGUCUCUGACCUACUGUGACCUGCAGUGCAUUAACCUGCGGGGCCUGCACGAGGUGUUGGACCUCUACCCAGAGUACUCACACCGCUUCUGCAAAGACAUACAGCAGGACCUCACAUACAACCUACGCGAAGGACAGGAGAAUCAUAAUCUGAUAGAGCGACUCGCAGACCUGUACAGGAUUGUUGAUGGUACAGAGGGCAGCGACAGCCGGAAGAGUUCACCAGCCUUCACAUUCUCCUCAGACCAUGUGGCAGCUAAUACUGAUCCUCAGAUCAGCACAGCUGAGUUGGCAGCCAAAGCAGAGGAGACGCGAGGUCAGCUGUGCCAUCUCGACCAGGAGGUGACGUCGCUGGGUCAGGAGGUGGCUGAGCUGGGUCGUGUGAUGCGCAGUUUGGCCUUCCUCAUGGAGUCCCUGCUCGCCUCCCCCCGUGCAGUUGCCGAGCAGCAGCAGCAGCAGCAGCAGCAGCAGCAGCAGGCGCCACCCUUCCUGGCCCAACAGAAGGCCCCAGCCUUGGCACUCACGCUCUCCACCACGCUCACGUAUCCCUCCACCAGCCUUGGAACUCACGCUCUCCACCACACUCACGCGAAGAGCGAGAGGACAGCCGUGAACGAGCGCAUCCAGACCCUCAGAGCUUCCAUGGCCCCAGCAAAUGACGCACAGAUCCCAUAUGAAGAGAAACUAAAGACGGACUUGGAAAAACUGGAAACAAAUAUAAAACAGGCCAAGAUGCGGAAAUUAAAGAGAGAUGAGGACGACUACAAACGUAACCAGGUGUACCAAUGGGAGAAGCGACCCAGACAUCCACGCCCCCAUAGGCGCACUCCAUCCAACCCACGCGUAAGACGCGUCUCCUUCAACCUGACCAGCAGCGCGCCCCAAGCUUGA